AUGGCUAAAUUAGAAGCGAGUACAUCGAGACUAAUUCAAGAAAUUAGUUUGAAAUCACCCGAGUUGGAUCCAUGCACGCGAUCAAACUAUUCUCAAUUCCAAAUCAACACUACCGAAUUGAGAUUAUCGGUGGACUUUAAAACCAAGACCAUACGUGGUGUCGUCACUUAUAACCUAUCAUCGCAUAAGGAGGCAGAGGAAGUCGUUUUAGAUUGCAAAGAUAUCAGUGUUCAUCGUGUUGAAGUUGACUCGUCACUAGUUGAAUUCAAAAUAUCUGAUGCCGUCCCGAUUUAUGGAUCAGCGUUGCACAUCCCGUUGAACCGUGACGAUCUGACCGGGGAGAAGGAAAAAGCAAUGGUGGUGCUGAUUGAGUUUGAAACCACCGACAAGUGUACCGCGAUCCAAUUCAUCCAAGGAGACACGGGCCCCUAUGUAUUUUCGCAAUGCCAAGCUAUCCACGCCAGGACAUUAUUUCCCUGUUUCGAUACACCAGCAGUGAAAUCGCCGUAUAAGUUCGUGGCAAAGUCGCCAUACAAGGUCACCAUGUCCGGCCGCCCCGUGGAAUCAUCGCCCACAAAAAGCGGAGCCAACACCUAUACUUUCGAUCAACCUAUCCCGAUUCCAUCGUAUUUAGUCUCCAUCACAUCGGGAAAUCUACUCAAGGCGCCAAUUGGACCACGGUCCGAUGUAUAUAGCGAAGAGCCGCUUCUCGCGCAAUGCCAAUGGGAAUUUGAAAAAGAUAUGGAGGGCUUUUUGCAGAUUGCCGAGUCGUUGGUGUUUGAAUACGAGUGGCAGAGAUUCGAUUCCUUGGUUCUACCUUCGAGUUUCCCCUAUGGCGGGAUGGAAAUCCCCAACAUGACUCAAUUGACCCCCACGUUGAUCUGCGGGGAUCGAAGCCAGGUCAAAGUCAUGGCUCACGAAUUGGCGCAUUCGUGGUCGGGCAAUUUGGUGACUAAUUGCAGUUGGGAGCAUUUCUGGUUGAAUGAAGGCUGGACUGUUUAUCUCGAGCGGAGGAUCUUGGGCGCGAUUGCCCGCAAGGAGGCGUUGGCUCAGGGUAACGCUAGUGAAGAAGAAGCAAGUAGGUAUGGGGAGCAAGUUAGACAUUUCAACAUGAUUGGCGGAUGGAAUGCCCUAGUUGAAACAUGCAACAACUUUGACCCUGUGUUUACGAAAUUGGUGGUGGAUUUGCACGGCAAGGAUCCAGACGAUGCCUUUUCGCGGAUCCCUUAUGAGAAAGGGUUCUUCUUUUUAUACUUUUUGGAGCAGAAAUUGGGUGGGUUGAAGGAAUUUGACCCGUUUGUCAAGUUUUAUUUUGGUAAAUUCAGGUACCAGUCAUUGAACUCGGCACAAUUUGUGCAAGCGUUGUAUGAGUUUUAUGAACCUUUGGGCAAGAAGAGUGUGUUGGAUAGUAUCGAUUGGAACAAGCGGUUGUUUGAAUCUGGUUUACCGGAAGAGCCCCAACUCGAUACAAGUUUGGCUGAUGAAGUUUUCGCUUAUGGAGAUAAAUGGGUGGACUAUGUUAAAUUAGGUGGUGGUGGUGGUGAAAAGGGAAACGUUGACAGUGUCCCAUUUAAAGAUUCGGACAUCGAGUCAUUCCAAGGAGAACAAGUGAUGCUACUCUUAGAAUACCUAUUUGGACAAUUUAAACCAGUGAGUGUAUCACCGCAGCUAAUCAAGACUUUGCCACAGAUAUACCCCAGUUUAGCCAAUAGUCAAAACGGCGAGAUCAAGUCGCGGUGGAACGAUAUCUUGAUCACUUAUGGCCAAUACACUCCAGAGGAUUCGGUGGUGCAGGAUUUCGCUGAUUGGAUUGGACGCACUGGCCGGAUGAAGUAUGCACGUCCCGGGUACAAACUACUUAAAAAUGGGAUUUCAAGAGAUUAUGCUGUAGAUGUAUUCAAACAACACGAGCUGUUUUAUCAUCCAAUCUGUAAAACAAUGAUUGAAAAAGAUUUGGACUUGGUUUAA